UUCAAAGUGGACAACUGGAAGCAGAACCUGAGGGUCAUUUAUCAGUGUUUCGUGUGGAGCGGUUCAGCCGAGACCAGAAAACGCAAGGUAACAAGUGACAGACGGAACCCUGGGACCUAAACCUAACGUACGCCAGACUGUGUGUGUUUGUGUGUGUGUGAGCCGAGCUGUCCCGUGCGCGGACAGUUCCCCGCCCUUCCAAAAACAACACAAACACCCGACACUUUGAAUGCCGAAGUAGUUUGGUCUCAGUCAAAUACUAACUCCGCUCACAGUGCAGUUUCUCCUCAGUAUUUAGCCUAAAAAAAACAACACAUGACAAGCUCGCCACAGCAGCCGAAACUGAAGCAAACUUUCCAGCAUAUCAACCGGUGAACCCCGCACGGCCGGCCGGGACGUUAAGCUGAGUGCAAACGAAGAUACCGCAUCAGAGAGCUGAUGUGCAUCUGUUCGCGUUGGCCCUGCGCCUGCAGUGGCCCCACUUCCUCCCACAGGCGCACCGCAGGUCAACAUUUCACGGUGGUAUUUCCUCGGGGGGGGAUUUAAUUGAUUUAAAUCAACUAAGCGUAACCUCAACCUGUUAUCCUGCAAACCCCCCAAGCAGCGAAAACAGACAGAUGCACCACUGCCAUCUCUGCACUGCGUGACAGGAUCAAUACGGUUUCACUUGUAAAGCAAUGUGUGUGCGCGUGCGUGUCACACCAGCCUGUCUUUUCACAUUGGUACAGUUUGUGUUUUCUGACGAGAAGAAAGCACAUUUUUAUUGAGUCAUAAAAAUUGCAAAGAUCCACAAAACGCGUGGAUACAGAGCAGAUGUGCACAUUAUUAGCAGAUGUUGUGCUUGUAUCUUUAAUGUGUGUGUGCGCUUGGCUGCCUGCAUGCAUCCUGCACUCUAAUAUGCUCUGGGACGACUCCCCGUCCCCUGUCAUCUGCCGUGGGAUCAGUGGGAGUUGGUAGUCCAGGAGGCAUGCUUACUGAAAUAAAUGGUGUUAAAUAUUUGCAGGGUCUCCUCCUGGUGUGGUGCUACAUUUGUAUUGAUCGUGGCUCAGUAUUUCACAACGAUGUGAGCAUACGUCUGACAGGAAGCACAUUCGAUGGGAGACUUCCUCUAAAUGUCUCUGCAGAUCAGGGUUACAGAUAGUUUUGGUGAGGUUUUCCAUCACAUUCAGUAGUCCCAUGUCCUUUUUCACCAGUCUAACCUCAGCUCCCAGCAUAUGCGUCCAUUUGUUUGUGUUAGUAUGGAAGCAAAGCUCAUUAUGCAUUAUUAGCCUCAGGGGGAAUGCCACAGGUUAACCCAUCUUCUAAUGUAGCUGCUUCCACUAUCCGACCCCCCCCCCCUCUGGUUCACUACACCGAGGGGGAAAUAAAUAAAUUCAUCUGACAGUUUUCUCCCAUAAUUUUAAAGGAGACAUAUCGUCAUUCUCUCUCCACUCCGUGCUGACCGUUGGGCUACGUCUGGUGUCGUCCUCAAAUGGUCACCAUUGACUCUCCGUCUGCAUCCGACUGACCUUCGGACACGCAUUGAAUUUUAAGCAUUCGUUCCCCUCGAGAACUCUCAGGCUCCACUCUCUGGUCGAUCACAGAGGCGUCUGAUCCCACGGGAAUGACCGCCGCGUUGGAUUUUUAGCGGUCCACCGCGGAACCAACGUGUUUUUCUGAAGACGCCGCAGUGGGGAACAGUAACCGGAGCCUCGCAGGGCCAAGUCGUGUAUCUGCCACAUGUGCGGCGCCCACCUCAACAGACUCCACUCCUGCCUCUACUGCGUCUUCUUCGCCUGCUUUGCCAAAAAACACAUCCACGAACACGCCAAGAGCAAAAGGCAUAACCUAGCUAUCGACCUGCUGUAUGGAGGGAUUUACUGUUUCAUGUGCCAAGACUACAUCUAUGACAAAGACAUGGAGCAGAUUGCCAAAGAGGAACAGAGGAAAGCCUGGAAAAUGCAGGGCAUAGGGGAGAAGUACUUAACGUGGGAACCCACCAAGAGGGAACUGGAGCUUCUCCGCCACAACCCCAAGAGGAGGAGAAUUACCUCCAACUGUACUGUUGGCCUGCGGGGGCUGAUAAACCUGGGCAACACCUGCUUCAUGAACUGCAUCGUCCAGGCGCUGACGCACACUCCGCUGUUGCGCGACUUCUUCCUGUCCGAUCGACACAAAUGCGAGAUGCAGAGCAACUCCUGUUUGGUGUGCGAGAUGUCGCAACUCUUCCAGGAGUUCUACUCAGGCCAUCGCUCGCCGCACAUCCCCUUCCGUCUCCUUCACCUGGUGUGGACCCACGCCCGUCACCUGGCCGGCUACGAGCAGCAGGACGCCCACGAGUUCCUCAUCGCAGCGCUGGACGUCCUGCACAGACACUGCAAAGACGACAACGGGAAGAAAGCCAACAACCCCAACCACUGUAACUGCAUCAUCGACCAAAUCUUCACAGGGGGCCUGCAGUCUGACGUCACCUGUCAAGUCUGCCAUGGCGUCUCCACGACCAUAGACCCGUUCUGGGACAUCAGCCUGGACCUGCCGGGCUCCUCCACCCCGUUCUGGCCCCUCAGCCCCGGUGGGGACGGUUCAGCGCUGAACGGGGAGAGUCACACCACUGGAGCCACAACGCUCACCGACUGCCUGCGCAGGUUCACCAGGCCAGAGCACCUCGGCAGCAGCGCCAAGAUCAAGUGCAGCGGCUGCCAUAGUUACCAGGAGUCCACCAAGCAGCUGACCAUGAAGAAGCUGCCCAUCGUGGCCUGCUUUCACGUCAAAAGGUUCGAGCAUUCGGCCAAACUGCGGCGGAAGAUCACGACUUACGUCUCCUUCCCGUUGGAGCUGGACAUGACGCCCUUCAUGGCCUCCAGUAAGGAAAGCCGGAUGAAUGGGCAGUACCAGCAGACCGUGGACCCCUUCAACAAUGACAACAAGUUUAGUCUAUUUGCAGUGGUGAACCACCAGGGGACACUGGAGAGCGGCCAUUACACCACCUUCAUCCGCCAACACAAGGACCAGUGGUUCAAAUGUGACGACGCCAUCAUCACGAAGGCCAGCAUCAAGGACGUCCUGGAUAGCGAAGGGUACCUUUUGUUUUAUCACAAACAGUUCCUGGAGUACGAGUAGUUCCCUCCAUCGGCGACGAGACCAGGGACGGUGCGAGGACUAGUUGCAUGGGAAAAGGUAACGGAGUGGUGAGAGAGGGGCAGGGACACAGAGACACAAGCCUACCUGAAUCGCUCUAACAUGGAACCACCCUUUCUCCAUACUAGUCUAGUUCCACUGUACGACAUUCAAGAAGGAACUGUGCGCCGCGCAGGAUAAGUGCAUAAAAGUGCAAGAACAAAACAAAAUGCGAGAUGUUGCAUAAAAAGCGUUUCAGUUGAAUUGAGGGGAUGAAGAAGAAGGCAGCCGUGAUGACCUGCUGUAUGGAAGAAGCGACGUGCAGAUUCAGUCUCUCCCUCUAUUUCAGAUACAAACAAAAGGGCAGAAAGGAUUUUUUUAUUUGUUUUUAAGGUUUACUCGAUCACAAAUGCUGUUCUUCACCGUGUUUCGUGCUCGCACAGCUGCAUUAAGUGACACCCGAACAUGUGGAGUCGCAGCCUUCCACAGAGGCUUUUCUUUUCCAUUCGCUUUUCCUAAAGCGGCAACUUCCUGGACACAAGCACACUCGUCUAACACACCCUCACUCCUGCAAAUGACCAAAUAUUUCUAGAUCGGAAGUUGUCUUAUUAUGCAUUUCAUGUUCAGAUCGCAAAAAGUGUGUGGGGGUUUAUGAACAUUGUACAGAGACACAGUUAAUCCCAUUCAUGUGAAGUUGUAGUUGUCAGUCAAAUACUUCAACAAGGAGUACACAAAGGAUCCGUUCUCUUCUGCCUCUCAUGCUGCUUCCAACAGUCCCGGGGGAAAUAACUUACACGGUGAAUACUAUAUUUUUAUACAUAAUGUAAUUAAAUCGUUUGUUUACAAUUUCUCCAUAAACUCUCACGUUUUUUCGACUGCGUUUCAUUGUGCCCGUCAAUAAUGUUUUCUUUUGAGCACGCAAAAUUGUGCCAAUAACGUUGGUGAAACUGGCUUCAUUUUAUUUCAUUCUUCUUUUUUUUUUUUCCGGUUUUAAUUUGACUUCAGUUGGUCAAAUGUGUCGGCAUUACAGAGGCAUGUUUCCACCUUCAAGAUGCGUUGUCGUGAUGCUGUUUCAGGUAAAGAGCGUAUGUGUAACGGGUUCGAAGCUCGAUCCCGCAGUGUUAAUUGUUGGCCGCAUGUUGCUCUAAUUCGGUGUGUGUGCGUGUGUGUGUGUGUGUGUGUGUGUGUGUGUGUGUGUGCCCUCGAAACAAGGGAAGAAAAGAAAAGCUCGGUGUAGGUGUGUUUGUACAAAAUGUGUUAUUACGCGUAACAAGAGAGGAGGAAAAAAAACAAGUGCGUAUGUGUACCCGUUUGUAUGCACAGGUGCGUGUGUACCGUAUGUUCGUGUACUGAAUCAGUACCUGCAUUCAGCAUGCCGUCUGAGCUGGGUACAGCAGUUUGAUAGGAUUUUCUUUUCUUUUUUUUCCACAUGUUGAUGAUGUAUGUAUAAGUAUACAUGUACAGUUUGUAUGUAUAAGAGACGAAGUGGUGAAACCUCAAAGUCGAUUUUUGUUCUUCUCUAUCGCCGCGGGGUCGUAAUCAGAAGAAACUUUUGUCUUGACCCGGUCAGUCAUUCCUCACACAUACACGCACACGUGUAACUGCUGCAAGAACUGGACACAGUGAUGGAAAGACACUCGAAUAAAGAAAAUCUAUAUCUGUAAACACUUUUGUGCCUCUUAUUUAUUGUGUUUGAUGGAAUAUGAUGAUUUUUUUCUUCUUUUUUUUGUAUUAUUGUUAUUACCUCCACUUUUCGGUACGGUUAGUUUGUGUGGAUUAUGUGAACUACUGGCCUGAUGUUCAUGAAACUUGGUAGAAGGGUGUAACAUGAGUCGUAUUGCCACAUUCUUGCUAAUACACAACCCGAGUACAAUCAAACAGGACUCGCCGAGGAUCAAACUGACUACUAGGGCCCUCGUAGUCGACAAAGAUUUCUUAAGUCUUAUUUAUAUGCUUUUUUUUUAAUGCUGAAUUAGUUGUUUACAAGAAAUUUACCGACACAUCUCUGGCAAACACCAGAUUUAAAGCAAUGCUUUUGUGUGUUUGUUUGAGGAGAAACUUCAGUUUUACAGAUUUGUAGAUUAAAUCAACUAAUCGUACGAGUGUCAGUCGACUAAGACUCUCUUUGGUUUCCUGUCUUUGAGGACAGCCGUACUGACUCUUUAAAAACAGAUGAUAAUUUGAACACUUUUGAACAGCUUCUCCCCCAGAUGUUUCUGAUAUCAAGGUUUUAUUUUUCACUAUUGUGGGCAAAACAAGUACAAAGGGAUUCUUAAUCUUCCAUCACCUCACACGUAUAUUACAUAACAUUGUACACACAAUUAACAUUCAUACAUACAUAUUUGUUCCAGUAUUUGCACAUACACAUUUCUGAACUUGAAAGCUCUAACAGAGGAAUUCUUCGCUGACACCUGCACUAGACUACCCACCACAACU